AUGAACAAGCUUUACGAUGUAAUAGAACAUCCCAUUUUUGGCCGGAAUGUCACAGAACUACUCUACGAUACGAGCGAAUUUGACCCGCAGCUCGAAGAUCCUGUAGGCUACGUUUACGCUCGCGAAACUUCUGAAUUGCAGUUUGAAAGCAUCACCAUGCUGCAUCAGGCUCGCUCGGCGCUCUUCCAACGCACUUUAAAGCAUCCGAUUUCCGAUGGCAAAACACGACAGGGAAUGUUGGCGACUAUUGAAGAGGACCGGAAGCCCAUGCAACCUUCGAGUGAUGAUGGCAGCGACGAACCGCCCUGGCCAGAAAGAAUGCCCUGGCAGCGAGGAUGGGUGGGAUUGGUAGAAUACCAUGAGCGUGUCUCAGAGCAGGAUUCCCUCAUCGACAACAAUGCAAAUGUUACCAUGCUGCAUCAAACGCUGACCGCCUUUCCGCGGCUGUGCAGGGUCAAUUUUGGAGACUACCGCAAUCUGGCCAGAGAUGACGAGGAUUACGCGACAUGUUGCAAACGAUUGUUUGGCGGGGAGAUACCACCUCCACGAAUCUUGAGCGACCCUCCUUGGGAGCGGAGCGAUGAUGUAAAAGACGCAAUACGGAGGUGGACCAAGCUCCUAAACCUCCUGGAACUUCUGGAGACGAGUUCAGUUCAAGUGCGAAGUUUGACUAUCGGCUCUAACAAGUGGACUGGUACAGCGGGAGACUGUGAAGAGCCUGGACCCUCUUCGACUGAGUUGGCGACCAUGCGCCUACUCUGCCCAGAGUCCAAAUGGCCAGAGAGGAUACAUGGUCUGAAGCGAGUCAGUGAACUUUCAAUACCCAUUCAAGUUGGAUGGUCCAGAUUCGGUGGCAAUGGGAAAACCCUCGCACGGUUGCAUAAGGCUAUCGCUGCAUCUCCAUUAUCACUCCUCCUUCACACCGCUGGUUCUACUUUGAGAUACCUCGAUCUUGSUGCCGUCGAUCUCAUGCGCCCUGAAGAAGGAAUAUCAGACAACGCAUUCGAGGCUGCCCAGAGCGAAUAUGGGCACCAUAUCUUACGAACACUCCUCUUCGGCAUGCGUUUCCCAGCUCUCAGGCACCUCAAGCUUACAGGAUGGUUCUUUCAACCGGGGGAGUUCCUCUCAUUUCUUCGACCAAUGAAAGAUACCCUAAUGUUCCUGGAACUUAAAUACAACCUCAUCCAAGGAGAAGCAAGGAACCGCAGAAUCUCAAGAAGACUUGCAAAUGAUGGCGGCACCCAAAUGUCGCUAAAAGGAGUCAUUGUGGACAAUUACGCACUGAGACCCACCGUUCUUGACGAAGACGUGGAGGCGGAAACCGAUUCAGAUGUUGAGCUGGAAUACGAAUACUUCAAAUAUGGCCGCGAUGUUGAGUGCGAAAGGGUGUGGUUGCAAGGGAGGUCAAACUACUUUGGUGAUUCUCCAGAAGAUGCAGGCGAACCCCAAAGYUGUCGUGUGUGUGGCGACAGGUCUCCGAUUGAAGAAAACCAAAUUAAUGAUGAAGAAUUGGUCAUAUAA